AGAGCUGUGUCCAGCGUGUCAUAGUCAAGCUCAACAUACACGUGGGCAACACGUCGCUCGUCGAUCAGGUCGAGUGGGACAUGUCCGAGAAGAACAACAAUCCGGAGGAGUUUGCCAUCAAGCUCUGUGCCGAGCUGGGAUUGGGUGGAGAGUUUGUGACGGCCAUAGCAUAUAGUAUACGUGGCCAGUUGUCGUGGCACUGUCGCACAUACGCCUUCAGCGAGGCACCCCUGUCCACCAUCGAUGUGCCAUUCCGGAAUCCCAGCGACGCGGAUGCGUGGGCCCCAUUCCUAGAGACGCUAACCGAUGCCGAGAUGGAGAAGAAGAUCCGAGAUCAAGACAGGAAUACGCGGCGUAUGCGACGACUGGCCAACACCACAACCGGUUGGUGAUUAUCCUCGUCCACCAUCCAAAUCGAAAUCCUCGACCAUACCGCUCGCCAUCCACUCCGAUCUGAAUGCUGUCCUUACCAUUUUUGCCGUGAGAUCACGCAGCCAAAGAUACAAAAGCCAAGCCACUGCACCGCGGCCAAAACGAAGUACAACACAGCCACAACGAAAUAUCUAAUUAUUUGUAUUCCAUCCACCCACCGCGCCCGCGGAUGUUUACUGUAUGGGAAGCGCCUUAUAGCGUAGCGCUGCCUUCUGAUUGCGUUUCCGUUCGAUCAACACAGAACGGAAGGAGGGCGGCGUCAGUGUAAACUGGGCAUACACUUUGGUUUGGUUCCUCGCUCUUCUGUUUGGAUUUAAUUAGCCGCUAGAUUGGAAGAUUGCUUGAUGAGAUGAGGCGGGGUGGCUUAUCGAACCCAAAGGGUAAACAAAAAUGUGUGCUGGGAGCAGCUUCCGCUGCCAUAGUCGGAGGGCGAGGCGAGGCCUCUUCGCUGGCCCUGUCGGUGGCAUCAAGCUCAAAGCGCAAGCAACGUUCGCUGAGCGCGGUGUGGUACCAGCCCAAGAUACAGAUUCUCUAGCGGAUUUCUCUAGAUAAAAAGGGUAACUUUAUUGCCUUCGCGAUAACUAAAGCUAUACAGAAAGUGUCGUGUGUGUUUUGUUUUUGUGUUGUGUGUGUGUGUGCAAGUGGAAGUGGAAGUGAAUGAGAUGCGAGU